GGAGCAUACCCGACAACAACGAUGCUCCAAGACCAGUUCCAGAACGAGUUGGUAGCGCUGGAAGCAUCUCAGAAAGCGGCGCGCCAUGCUGCACUGUUAAAGAUGGAAUCUGCCUUCGAAGCGAUGGACAAAUCAUUGGCGCAGCCCGUGGACGGCGCCAUGGAUCACGUCAUCACCACACAACAGGCAAUUCAAGAUGCGUGCAUUCAGCUCGGCAAAGUCCAAGUGCAACGGCAUCAAAAAGUCGUGCGAUGGAGAGCUGAACUCCGGCGAUUCCAGACGCAGGUGGAAGACCUGCAUCUGUUUGAGCAGUGGUGUGAGCGCACGGAAGCCAACCUGCACCUCGUGUGCGGCAAGCUCGAGUACGUGUGCCACGAACUGAACCGCAUCGAUGCAACGCCGCGCUAACCUCGACCUUUCGUCCGCAUGGAUGCAUCGAAGCGCCUUCAAGCCAACUGACUGCCUUGAUGACGAACAACUCGAUUAUUUACAUCCGAAUGUUGCGCGCUAUCUCUCGAAUUACGUUUUGCUCGGUCCAAUUGCAAGUAACCUGGAGCACUUCUGUCGUCGGGUCGUAGUGGACCUCCUGCCCCCACCGCGCCGGUAUAAGUACAUCGCACGCC